AGAAGGUUGUCUCUCUCCGUGUUGUCCUCGCUCCUCCGCGCACAUCCCUUCAACAUCCGGCUCUUUCUCCUCUCUUGCUUCCCGCUCUGUGUCGUCGCCUCUUGUAUGUCCUCCUGUCGUGGAGUGUUGUCUCUCGUGUGUGCAGUUGUCGUGUGUCCCUUCGUCCCUCCUUCGUUCCAGGGGGACUUCCCUUCGUAUCCACGUUCAUGUUGCAGUGACUUGUCAAAACUUGAGUAACAUUUAAAGAGUUGUCUCGUCGUCGUGUUUUUAUUUUGUUUUUUAUUUUUAUUUUUCGCCUGCUCGUGAGAGAUGGAUCUUGAUUUAUAGAUGAAUAAUAUGCAGACUUAUUCGACACUGUCAGAUUGUUUCUGGGUUGAAUUUAAGUAUGCAAAAUCUUCACCUGUGUCUUGCGCGAAUGUGCAUGUGUGACGCCGCUAGUCACGAACGCUUUUAGAGAGCAGCUGACACCAACGCACGAGAUCCCCGGGUUGUCUCCCGAGCAAAGGUCAAGCCAGGUCAUCGGAACUACGUCUCUCGAAGACCAUCCAGCGAGCCAUCGUUCGGACUCUGUAGGCCAACUCCAUGAAUGCGUAGCCUCGUUCCCACUCAGAGGAGCGAGUCCGGAAUUACCAAGACAGAGCACGUGACUUCACUCUCCGGGACGAAUCACGCUGAGCCUUAACCGGUCCAAGGGCUCCCCCCGACGUCGCCCCGGCCCUUGUUCCCCGUGGUAUCCGCGCCCGUGUCGCCUUCCCUCUGGCCGUCUCAGGCGCCACGUGGGACUCGCAGACAUGUCGAGUCGGCCGCUGGACGGAGCCUGAACGUUCUUCCAACAUGUCCCGCAAUACGUCCGUUACUAUUAUGUGCUGGAAUUCUCCCCGAAGAAGGUACAAAUUGUACAUCGUAUAACACCAGACCAGGAGAGUGUCUUGGCUGAAGAAAAUACCAAGAAAGAUAUAUUCGUAAAUGCCAUAGAUCACAGCAAUAGUCGGCGAUAGCAUCCUUCUCGCUGAAAAAAAACAAAAAACAUCACACAACUCGAAGGCCAGAAUCAUCGCUAGAAGUCAACUUCGGCCACAACACAGCUGCCGAUCAAUCCGCACUGACCUUUGAUCCAAGAGCGAGUGUGACGCCGACACACUCCCCGACGCCCUUCCUCCGCCGACGCCAAGCACAGCAACAUUCCGAAGCUGGAGUGUCCAAACCCCGCGGCGCUCAUGGCUUCCCAGGGAACCCACCCCGCGUGCCUGUUCCUCGCCCUCACGCUGCUGGUGACGACGGCCGCCACCAUGAUCCUGUGCUCCGCCAUCCUUACCAACCACUGGGAGGUCAUCACCUUCGACAAGGCGGAGGUGGAGGCCAUCGCCGCCAAGCACAACGCGUCGCACACACUCAGCUGGCUCUGGGGCGGCAAAGUCGGCAUGGUGAGCAUUGAGCUCCACCAGCCUCUGAAGCUGAGGCGACAGGACGCCGGGUCACAGGCUUACAUGGGUUCCCACUCUCACAGCAUUAGGUUCCGGCGGCAGACAUCCAAAGUCAUCUACCUCGUCCCAAUGCAUGGGGGCAUUUGGACCCUCUGCGUGGGGCUCUCAGUGCAAGAGCAGAAUGAACUACAAGACCUGGGCUUCCCACUCAGCGGCUGUAUCAAUUACCUGUCUCCCCACUUCGCCGCCAGCGGGGAGAAAAAUGAUUGGGUUCAGAGGAUGCAGAACCUGAGUAUCUCGUGCGCUCUGGUGUGCUGUAUUCUCUUGGGCGCGUCGGCUGUGGUCGGCACUUUUGGGAUCAUAAAAAGGCAGAUUUCAGCCGUUCUCAUAACAGGUGUCAUGUACAUCCUUGCAGCAACGUUCGGCCUCUUCUGCCUCUCAAUCAUGCACUUCAAGAGGAAGACUAAGAAAGACUGUGGAGUGCUGGAUUCUCAGGUGACGCCCGAAUACAGCUCGGCUCGCGUGUUCCAGACGGGGUGGUCCCUCGACCUGGGAUGGGGCGGCGUAGUGACGUGCCUGGUGGCGGCGCUGCUGUGGCUCCUGUUGGCCCGCAUCAUGCGCUACAACCCCAUCUCUCUUUCCUGAUGUCACCUCU